AUGGCCAACCACAGUCCAACCAGCUUCCUUCGUUCAAUACGCCUCCAGGCCGCGCAAUGGCCGUGGCCCAGGCCGCAGCUGCGCCGAUAUCUCUCAACGCCUCCGUCACCAUGUGGCAGGCCAGCUGCUUCUGCUCCCAAGGAUGCUCAUUCGCGCCUACGCCGUUUCAAUGACCGUCUCCCUCGAUUCCUUCGUACCGUCACAACGCCAUUACUCGGGGCUCCAAUUACUCAUAUUACGUCCUUCCUCAUCUUGCACGAGAUCACGGCCAUAUUGCCAUUGUUUGGGCUGGCAGGCGCAUUUCAUUAUGGGUCUUGGAUGCCAGAUCUGAGCUCUGGCUCCGGGGAAGGCAAUGCUCUUGAUGAGGGAGCUGCGCGAAUCGGGCGAUGGCUGCGAAAGAAAGGCUGGGUUGAGGAGGCAGACGUGAGUGUGGUGCAAGACCACGAGACCGUCGGACUAGAGCGCGACAAUGGGCGGGAACGGGCUGGUGUGCGAUUAGUUUUGGAAUUUGCGACGGCCUACGCGAUCACGAAGGCUUUGCUGCCGGUGCGGAUCGCCGCAAGUGUCUGGGCUACGCCGUGGUUUGCGAGAACUAUCGUUGGUCCAACAACUCGUGCGGCUCGAAGGUUGCUCGGCAGAGGCUGA